AUGGCCAACCUAGCACAGGGGUGGAUAAACCAUUUACGUCGACAAGCAAAAAAUGACCAAGCUGCUCCGGCAAGCACAAAAGAGCCGCCUCCUCCUGAGCCACCCAAAGACCAGCCAUCCCAGGAGCCUGGCAAUGACAAUAUCGACGACACUACUCCGCGAGAGCCCUCUGCUCCCUCUGCGAGCGGCGAGCCAACCCAAGAAGAUGUCACACCGGCGAGAAAACGGUUAAAGAGCCCGACGAACUCCGUCAAGGCGGGUGAUCGCACUCGGUCGCCUUCUCCGAAUAGGCGCUCAAAGGGCAGACAAAACACCCCAGCAGACGAGUCCACGGCCGACUUUCCCGCAAGACCUUCAGCUAGAACAAAGGGCCGCUUGUGGAAUGAGGGCGAUCCCAUCUUAACUCGCAACCCGGCUGCCCAGCCCUCUCCUCAACAAAAUUCACGCCCGUCUCGACGCCGCGAGAACAAAGUUAGUAGCCAGACGGUGGAAGAGGAGGAUCCUUCCGUAAAUACAAUGCUUCCACAGCCCGAGACUCGUCCGAUCAGUCAGGAGCAAUUAGUUGCCGAAGUAAAAGGAAUUUAUGCGGGCCUGGUAAUGGUCGAGUCCAAGUGCAUCGAGGUGGAUAGUUCGCAAAGCGCACAAAAUGAUUCGAGUCCAAAGCUCAAUAAUGAACAGUGGCAGGCGUUGAUUGCGCUGCACCGUACUCUUUUGCAUGAACACCACGACUUCUUUUUAGCCUCCCAACAUCCGUCGGCAAGCCCGGCUUUGAGAAGACUUGCAUCAAAAUAUGCCAUGCCAGCAAGAAUGUGGCGCCACGGUAUACAUUCAUUCCUCGAACUGUUACGCCACAGGCUUCCUGCCUCACUGGAACAUAUGCUCACUUUUAUCUACCUCGCCUAUUCGAUGAUGGCUUUGCUGUACGAAACAGUUCCAAAUUUUGAAGAUACGUGGAUCGAAUGCCUCGGAGAUCUCGGUCGAUACCGUAUGGCUAUCGAGGAUGAGGAUAUACGCGACCGGGAGAUCUGGACAGACGUGUCGAGGUACUGGUAUUCGAAGGCAAGCGACAAGGCGCCCACGACGGGAAGACUUCAUCAUCAUCUGGCAAUUCUUGCAAGGCCGAAUGCGGUCAAGCAGCUGUUCUACUAUACCAAGAGUCUGUGUGUCGCGAUACCAUUCAAAUCCGCCCGGGAUAGCAUUCUCACUCUGUUCGAUCCGAUCAUCAACGGAACUCAGACUCGUCUUCAAGCCAUUGACCUCAACUUCGUGAAGGCUCAUGGUAUCCUUUUCAUUACAAGCAACACGGACGAGAAAGACAAAGCUUUCCCAAAGAACCGUGAUGAACUCAUGGUCGAGUACGAAAAGGCCAAGAGUGAGUUUCUUUCACACCUGGAUAACCACAUUGCGCGAACAACCAGAAGCUGGAUGGAGCCUGGCGCGUUGAUUGCCAUCUCAAAUUGCAAUUCUCAAUUGGAGUAUGGCAAAACUGAGGCAAACACACAUGGCAAUCCCAAUGUUUUAAUGACUGCCAUUCUACCAGAGUCAGACAGGGACACCUUUAUGGAAAACUCGACCGAUGACAGGCCAGUACCAUCCAAAGUCUUCAGCGAGGCCUCUGAUCUUGCCAAGCAGUGUGAUGCAAUCAGCUCUCGCCGCUACGGUGACCCGAACGUGUUGCCUUAUCUCAAUGUCCGCUUGUCUUUCAUGAAGUUCAUGUCCGGCAAUGAAACUGCUAUUAGGCAUCUUCAAGACUGGUUUCCUUGGACUUUGGUGGCUCUGAUGCUUAACUCUUUGUCAAUCCAGUGCCAGAACCAUGAACGCAUCGAAUCUGAAGAAUUUCCCCAGCCAAAUGACCGACCUCUGCCCGAGGAUUGGUCUCUUCGAGGGCUUCUCUGGACCGACAAGCUGUUUCCGUCUGACUGGUUCCAUAAUAAGGUCGACGAUGAUGAGAAGACAUUCGAGCUGCCUUCCAUGACCGAGCACAGAAAAGAACGGGUCCUCUGGCUGGGCUACCGCCUCGCCGUUUCCGGCAAGUGGCUGAUCUACGACAAACAAACCAAGCACUUCAGUGUCACACCCGAGUUCCAAAAAGACUAUCCGGAGUACGCUCCAAGCGAGGACGCUACCCUGACUGGGAAGGAGGGCUCUAUGUCGCGUUCAUCAACGUUCGGCAGUUCUACAACGGAGGGCAGCGAAGUCUCGGUCACAGAGCAAGGCGAUUGCGACACGGCAAAUGCAGAUGAUGAUGCCUCUAUGGUUAUGGAAAAGAUAGAUUCUUGA